AAACAAGUCUUAUCGGCCCUUAUUUACAUUGAAUUUGCUGGCAAUAAUCGCAAAUACUUUACCAUCGCCCACAUCUUGGCAGGCAAUGUUUGAUUAUUUGCUCAACUGCAACGAAUCCACAUGAGGCUCGACUAUAAAUACGGCACCACACACACCCACUAGCCAAUAGUUGCUUCAGCUUCCACUGCAGCAGUAUCCUAAGAGAAGAUGAAGUCCUACGUUGUCGUCCUUCUGGCUGCCCUGGCAUGGGCUGCGGCACCCGCUCUCGCUCGCACCAUGGAUCGUUGCUCCUUGGCUCGGGAAAUGGCCAAGCUGGGCGUUCCGCGUGAUCAGUUGUCUAAGUGGACCUGCAUUGCAGAGCACGAGAGCUCGUAUCGUACUGGCGUGGUGGGUCCCCCCAACUCGGAUGGCUCCAAUGACUACGGUAUCUUCCAGAUCAACGAUCGCUACUGGUGCCAGCCGCCUAACAACAAGAAGUCGGCUAAUGGCUGUGGCUUGAGCUGCAAGGCUCUGCUCUCGGAUGACAUCACCAAGUCAGUGCGAUGUGCCCAGAAGGUGCUCCAGCAACAGGGCUGGCCAGCCUGGUCUACCUGGAAGUUCUGCAAUGGCAAUUUGCCCAGCAUCGAUCCCUGCUUCAAGUAAGCUCUGAGUUCACGAAUAAAGCAUGAUUGUGUAAUAUGCCACAAA